CCUACGCGAAUUGUUGCCUCUUAUCAGAUCACGACAGAUAGAUAGACAGAAAAAACGAUACAGAGAGACAGAUAGACGUACGGAGUUCAUUUUAAGUUUUAUCAAAUCUGUUAUACACUCUUCGAGGAAGUGAAAGAUUAAUUUAAUUUUGUCAAUUAAAUUCGCGAGCGUUAUACAUUUAUAGAUAAUAAAUUGCUUUUUCAAAAAUAAAUUAAUAUCGAAAGGGAACUUAUUCCUACGAAUUAUUUCAACAACGAUAAUAAUCUUAAAACAUCAAUUUGUGACCGUUAAAUGCUGUGAUAAAUGAAAGAAAAGGAAAAGAACAAAUAAUGCAAAAUAAUUGAAAUUUUAAUCUUAUCGUUUUGUAAAUAAUAAAAAACGUGAGUGAGUGAAGUGAUGAAAUGUAUAUUUCUAAGAAAAAAGUUAUUUUUCCAAAUUUCUAACAAACGAACACGUGUUUUUUUGAUUUAUUUAAUUCAACGUUAAAGGCUUGUCUUAUGCGUACAAUAAUUAUUCAAACACAUUUCUUUUCUUACAUUUAAAUAAUAAUUAUUAUUACGUGAGAAAUGGGGGGUUUGCUUUUUUUUUUUUUUUCUUAUAAGUUUUAUAUAUAAUACUCGUUUUAAAUAAUCUGUUUCUUAUUGAAAUAAUUAGUAUGACAUUUUUUUUUACUCUGAAAUGAUAUAAGACAAGUAUACUUAAAUUGAAUAUUAUCAAUUGUUUGAGAUUGUUAUAUCGAAGAAGUUUGUUCCCAUUUUGUCCCUUAAAUUUAUCUAGCAAUAAAAAGAUAAAAGUAAAAAGAAAGAAAGAAAAAACAAGAGAUAAAGAUAGAGAAAUAUAAAUAUAAAUAUAAAUGUAUGUGUGUGUUUGUGUGUGUAUCCUGAAAAGGAAAAUAAUUCUACACCAUUAUCUUUAACAAGAAGAAGAUUAUAAGAAUUUUUUUUUUAUACACAACAAACGUAUAUUGGAAAAAAACUCAAUGUCUCAGAGCCCACUUCUCUUAUCUUCUAAAAGUUAAUAUUAUAAACAUGCAUUAAUUAUUCCGAUCGUUAUUGUACGAGGAAUAACAUCAACGGGACAAGAUGUGCGAGUAAACAAAAAAAAAAAGACAACAUAAUUUUUUAAAAAGGUAUUCUAAGAAAAAUUGGAAAAAAAAAAGAAAUAUGUUGAGAAGAUAAAGGAAAAUAAAUGUUUGAACGUUAUUGAAAAUAAAGUGAAGUGAUGGAUACGGAAUAUUUCGAUGAUUCCUGGAACGUAAAAGUGGAACAAUUUCGUAGAUUUCUUCGUACGUUGUUUAGAGAAACGAUUAGAAAAUGUCGUUCGAAAAGGAAAGGAUAUACUAGAUUUUUAACCGACGAUGAAAAAAGGUGGUUGGCCCGCAACGAAUACGAUUUGUCCGCCAGGUUUGGAAUACCUUAUGGGCCUUGAUCAUUUAUUUGUCAAACAAAAGGUCGAACUUUUCGAAGUAAUUGUCGAUUUUGAAACUAAAAAUAAAUACAAAGUAAUGAACAUAAGGGGUGAACAAAUUUAUUAUGUAGCUGAAAAAUCAAGCUGUUGUUCACGUUACUGUUGCGGAAAUUAUCGCAGUUGCGAAUUCCAAGUAUUAGAUGGAAUUGGAAGAGAAGUUCUUCAUAUGAUUCGUCCAUUGAAAUGUGAUAGUUGUUGCUGUCCGUGUUGUUUACAGGAAUUGGAAGUUUAUUCUGGUGGUGUCUUAUUGGGAUCGGUUGUUCAAGAUUGGAGUAUUUUUAGGCCAUGGUUUUCAAUACGUAAUGCAAAUGGCGAUACGGUACUGACAAUAAAAGGACCGUUAUUACGUUGUCUAGAAGCUACUUUUAAAGUAAAAUCUGCCGAUGGUGUUCACCGAGUUGGUGUGAUCAGUAAACAAUGGAGCGGCAUUUCUCGUGAAAUUUUUACGGAUGCUGACAAUUUUGGUAUAAGUUUUCCGAUUGAUCUGGACGUUAAAAUCAAAGCCGUUCUACUCGGUGCAUGCCUUUUGAUAGAUUUCAUGUAUUUUGAAAGUUCUGCCAAUUAAUUUGAUUUCUUUUGGGAAUUAUAUAUAUUACCGAAUUGUUUAUAUUAAAUUGAAACUAGUAACGAAUUAUUUAAAACUAAACAGAACAAACGCGUUUUCUUCUAAUGUCUUCGAUUAUUUAUACGAAUAUUAGUUUUUGAGAAAACUUCAUUUAGUCAAUAAAUCUUACACUUUCGAUCAGAUAUAUAUAUAUUCUUGCAAUUAAUGCAUGUGUGUUCCUAUUUCUUGAAUACAUACACAUGUAUGUGUUUCCUAAUAAAAUCGUGUAUACAUAUAUACAUAUACAUAUAUAUGUACAAAUACACGCACAAACGAUUUAAAUAGAAAUACAACUAAAAUUUGUGAUGUUUUAAAUAAAUAUAUAUUAAUAAUUAAUUAUUCCUUAUAUAAAGCAAGAAACUUUCAUGUUCGACGAAUGUAUAUGUGUGUCUUUAAUUAAAUAUUAUUGCUAAGUUUUUUGAAGCUUAUAUAUUUAAAAAUAUUAAACU